AUGCAUCCCCUCAGCUCCAAGACGCUGAACGUCAUCUUCAGCAGAUUUGAUGAAGUGCAGCGGUCGGGCAACAUGGUGCUGUCUCCUCUGUCCGACAAAGCCUUCGAAGACGAUGACUCGGGGGACGGCGGCCGCUCCUCUUCCUCGUCCAGAGGAGGGAAGAAGAGUCUGAGCAUGGGUUCCUUCAGGAGAACCGGAUCCAGCAGCAAGUCUGCAGGGCGGGACGGCUCCGCAGCUGGAGCGGUGGACGACGAGGACUUCAUCCAGGCCUUCGAGGACGUCCCCACGGUGCAGAUCCACUCCAACAGGGAGGUGGAGGAGAACAUGACGAAGAUCCGGGACGUCCUGUCUGACGAUAAGAAGGACUGGGAGCUCCGGGUGGCCGCGUUCGUGUAG